AUAUUUUGUUAAUGAUUGAAAAAUUGCCACUCGAAAUCCUCUUGAUUAUUGCUGACCUUCUUGAAGCAAGAGAUAAAAAGACAUGCUCGCUAGUAUGUAGGCUAUGGAAAGACAUUUUUCAAAAGAAUCUUUGGAAAGUAGUGAAGAUCAGUAGAAGCAGUUGGGUUGAUAGCCUUGAAAGAGGUGUAUCAAAGUAUACUUUGAAAGAGAACCACAAUCGUGUUCAUUCGAUUGAAAUCAACAACUAUAUGUGCCGUACAAACAGUGCAAUUUGUAAAUUAAUCAAUCUAUUCCCUGGAGUGAAAUACUUUUCUUAUUCAGCGUCUCGAGGCAGAAUCUGGUCUCUAAGCAUGACAAAUUUAAGUGGGUGGAAGUCACUGACACACUUGUCCCUGAAAUUUGGGCUACGAAACAUCCCAACAAUCACAGAGGAACUGUUCAAAUCACUGAGCGUCUUGCCAGCUCUUGUCAACCUUACGAUAAACCAAAAGCCUCCAUUCAGCUCGAACACAUUCAUUACGUGGAGACAUAUUGAUCAGCUCCACUCUCAUUUACCACGAUUGAAAUACCUAAAGUGCCAGAUGAACCUUCAAAAAAUUAAUCCUUCAGAAAUUACGGAACUUCGGAACAUAAAACCAGCAGAAAACUUAAGGACUGCGGAUUACAGCGCUCCACGUUUGGACAUGCAGUGGAUAAUAUAUCUUGCAUUAAAGUACCCUAAACUGGUGACACUUUAUCUGACGGUAGAAAAGAGACGCGAUCUAUCUGAGCGUGCAGCUAGGACUAGUAAAAGUACAAAGGGGCUGGAAUUCUCUGCACUAUACAGUCAACUAUUUAAGAGCGGUGUUAAGCUUGAAAAGAUCGAGACAUCGCUAUUUACCAAUCCACCUGGUACAAAAUUACCAGCCAAUCAAACAGCUUGUGCCCAACUAUUCUCUGCAACAUUAAAAAGCCUACAAGUUGGUAGAUGCUAUAAAGAACAUAGUAACCUAAAGUACUCUUUGACGGAUCUGGGUACAGUUGAAUUCUCCAGCCUUGUAUACUUAAACAUACUAUGUGCUCGUAUGUUUCUUAAAAUUGAUAAUGUCUUGAAUGUAUGCCCGUCCCUGAAAAAACUUGAAAUAACCUCGCCUUCCAUUGACGUCAAUAAUCAAAAAACUACGUCCACAUUUAAGCAUGGUCUACGACACCUGAGACUUGUCAACACGACCAUUAAGCCGUUAUGCUUUGAAUACAUAUCCGAUUCUUGCAGACAGUUGAAGUACCUUUCAUUGAAGGAUGUUGAGAUAAGAAACCCCGAUUCUGAAAACAACACAUGUUUAUAUCUCAACAUGCCGUUUACGCAACUCAUGACACUCUCACUCUCCAAUGUAAGGCUGUGCAAUUAUCCAAGCUUUAUCUUUAGCUCUCAAUAUGGCCGCAAAUUCAAUGAUUCCGCCCAAAACGAACAAGUAUGCUUUACCGAGGUUUAUCUAAACUAUUCAAGAAAUGUGAGAUCAUAUUCUUAUAUAGUAUCUGAUCAUUUACUCGAAGAAUGGAAUAGAAUACAAAAAAUUGCAAUUAUUACUCCAAAUGAUGUUUUGGGCUAUACUGAGGCACUAAACAAGCAAAACAAUGGCAUCUCCAUUAUGAACUCAAAUUGUGCUGGUCCUUCAAACGAGAUCUUUAAAAGUGGAGAUUGCUUUAAGACGAACGUUGAAUUUUUUUGCAUAGUAUUUCAAUGCAAGGCGAUUAAACAAACUAUCAUUAACGAUCGAUCAUCUUACGGCUGCUCAACUCCAAUCUUUAGAUUCAAUAAUUAACUUUCAACAAUAAAGUAUCGUAUCAUUUCUUAUUAU